AUGACUAAACAAUUCUGUUUAUAUCAUCGUUUGAAGUGGUCGCCAUUUAAUUGUUGCUUAUUGCUACAUAUUAUUUCAAUUCUCUUCGUGUGUGAAUUAGCGAUAAUACAUGGUCUCAAUGAACAUGUUCAGGAAUCGUACUCAGUUCUGCACAAAGAGUGCGAAAAUGAUGAUCCAUUGGGAAUGAUUUCAGGCACUAUCGCUGAUUGGCAGAUCACUGCAUCAUCAACUUAUCCAACGAGCUGGGUAAAAGGAUGUGAAGAAAGAAAUGCUCGUUUAUUUCGGCAAAAUGGUUUAGCUUGGUGUGCAAAGUUCAAGUCCUCCUCAGAAUGGCUUCAAAUUGAUUUAGGUGUACAAGCAUUAGUGACAGGUAUUAUGACACAAGGUCGAGGAGAUGGUUCAGAAUGGGUUACUUCAUUCAUGGUAUCUUACAGUGACGAUGCUAUGCACUGGAAAUUUAUCACAGAUCAAUAUGCCAAUCAAAAAAUCUUCGAAGGAAAUUCAGAUUCUUAUACAGUGAAACAUAAUUACUUUGAUGAACCGAUCCGAGCAAGAUAUGUGAAAAUUCAUACCUAUACAUGGCAUAAUCAUCCAAGUCUUAGAGUUGAAUUGAUUGGUUGUCAAACAUGCAAACAUCUCAUUGGUAUUCCUCCUUAUGCUCGAUUCGCUGCUUCAAGUUCUCGGGGGAAAAGAUCUCAGCGUUCCUGUACUCCAGAAUAUGGUCACUAUCUUAGUAAUAAAGCAUGGUGUGCCCAAAGACAAGAUGCUCUUCAAUGGCUUCAAAUAGACGUUGGGCCGCCUACUUUGAUAACUGGUGUCAUUCUUAAAUCGAGAGGAGAUGUGAAAAAUUCGCAGUACGUAUCACGUUUCAAGCUAUCUUACAGUAAUGAUACACGUUUGUGGUACUUUUACAAGGAUGCAGCUCCUUUAGACCCAAGAGUAUUCGAUGGUAAUAAUGAGCAGGUAUCUGAGCGUGUGCAUUAUUUGGCAACACCAUUUGUUGCUCGUUAUGUGCGUAUUCAUCCAGUUAACUGGCGAAGUCGUAUAGCAAUGCGUGUUGGUCUAAUCGGCUGUAAACAGAAAGGUUCAUGUGGUGCUGGUUUCUUUAGAAUCAAUAAUGAAAGUUCUUGCGUUGCUAAUCUUGCCUACAAGAAAAACGCCUGGUUAACACCGGAGUCCUCAAAUCAUCGCAAAAGAAAUUUACCAGACUCAGAUAAAUCGCUACAUCCACUUGAUUUUACCAAAGGAAUAAGAAAUUCUUUAACCUCAGAAAAUCCUUCACAUUUUCAAUAUUCUGAAAACCAACGUCCACCUAUGCUGGCGCAUCAUAGAAUCAGAGAUAAUACUGUAAAUUCAAAAACACUCAAGUUUAAUAAUAUACCGUUGUGGUCAUCAGUUGAUAGUAUGAUGAAUGAACCAUACAUGGGUGACAGUGCUGAUGGCAUGGCAUUAUUAGCUGUUGAUGGAUGGACAGGUGAAGAAAUACUCUUGAAAAACUCAACACUUUCAACAAGAUCAUCAGAAAAAUUAAUGAAUGAUGCUCCAGAUGGAAAGCACCUUACAAAUGAUAGUUUGAAUAGAAGAGGAAUAAAUGGCAUACACCAGCCGGCGACAAAUCUGCAGAAAUCUGCUCAUCCGUGUACAAUACUUGAAUAUCGCUGGCCCUUCGUCGAGCUGCCAUCAUGGUAUGUGGACCUUAGAGAACACACUGAAGUGAAUGGAGUUGUUAUUUAUACAGCAGGUCAUGGAAGAGAUGGAAGAUAUCUACUUUCAUUUCUAUUCGGUAAUGAAGAUAAAAGUAAAUUAAAUUCUGAGAAUUUAGAAAGAUUAUCUAUUUAUGUUGAAUCAGAACCACGUCAUCGAGAUUCUAAAACGCUAACUAGAUCAAGUUCUAGUUUAUGUGGUUAUGUUACACGACUAAAUGAUGCAAUUUUCAAUCCACGCUUACAUAUACCAUGCAGACAACCAUUACUUGGACGAUAUGUUUAUGUUGAAGCUCGUGGAGUUCGUGGAAGAUGGUCACAGGAGUUUGCAGCCUUAUUAUGUGAAGUAAUGGUGUAUUGAAAGCAAAAUGUCUUUAUAUGCAAUCAUAAUAAACGUUAAUUAUGCAUUUAUGUCUAUAAUCACCUCAUUAAAACACAAAUGUUAUUACCUCUAAAUGAACAGUUAUGCAUGAAUAAUUUUUAUAUGCCUACAAAACAAGUAAAAUUGAAGUGAAGUCUAUUUUGUCAUUUUCUUGUAACUGUCUGCCGUCUUACAUUUUCAUGUUCAAUUGGUCUACUGCUACAUUUCAUGUUUAUGUUUAGGAUCACCUUAUCCACGUACCUACAUAUGUAAAUGUAAAAAUAUGGAAACAUGAUUAUAUUUAAUAUUUCACAACUGAACUCACCUUAGUUAUCUGUUUUAUGGUAGAACUCAUGACUUCUUUAAAUCGUACACCAGUAUUGAACAAGAAAGCAUGUUAACUUAAACAAAACUUAA